AUGGGCCUCGAAGAACAGAAGGAGGAGCGAGAAGUCCUCGACUCCAUCUUCCCAGAUGAAAUUACAGACCUUUCAGAUACAUCCUACCGAAUAUCUAUCACACUCGAUGUUCCAGACGACCAUUCCGAGGCUCCUGAGCAACCUGUAUUGUUGCUCAACGUUACGUACCCCGACGCGUAUCCUGAUGUUGGACCGCAUCUCGAUAUCACGGCUCCUCCGAAUGCCGCCAAACACCCUCAGCUAGACAUCCAGGCGGAUAAAUCUCAAUUACUAGAUGCACUACAGCCUACCAUCGAAGACAGCAUGGGAAUGGCCAUGGUGUUUACACUGGUCACCACGCUCAAAGAAGCUGCAGAGACGUUGAUCUCAGACAGAAUCAGGCAAUUUGAAGCUGCCAAGGAGGUCGAGGCGCGGGAGAAAGAAGAGGAAGAAAACCGGAAGUUCCACGGUGCAUUGGUGACCAGAGAGCGCUUCCUCGAGUGGAGAGAGAAGUUCCGGAGAGAGAUGGAGGAGAAGGAGCGAAGACAGAAGGAAGAGGAGGAGGCAGAAGAUAAAAAGAAACGAGGGGCCAAGGCUGAGGAGAAGAAAUUGACUGGCAGACAGCUAUGGGAGAGAGGGCUUGUCGGUAAAGGAGACGAAGACGACAUCGAAGGUGACGAUGCUGUGGCUGCUAUUGAGAAACUCAAGGUCGAGGCUUGA